AUGUGCGAGGCGAGUGCGAAAUUCGUCCAAGAUGCCAAGACACCUUUAAUCAACAGUGCCACUGCGUUCAAGUGCAGAUACUUUCAGAAGUGGGGAUCUCCUGCUGGCACUCCGUGCAACAUUCGUGACAUGUACAAGGACGUUAACGGCAACUGGGUUGGCGCAUGUGUGAAUGCUCAGGGUGAAGUCCAGAAAUACUGGGAGGAUUGUAGCCUGGCUGAGCUCCAAACGAACAUUCGCAACGUCGCAGCGGACAUGACGAAGGGAUUCGAGUACUUCGACGAUAUCGUUGUAACGGUCCUGGACUCCAUCACUCAAGACAUGAUCCAGGCAGUGAAUCAGAACAUCUUGGAGCCUCUCCAGGACUUGCUGUCAGGCUUCGAUUGCACCUUCAUGCGGAGUUUCUGGCAGGGCCUGACAGACUCGUUGUGCUACCGGUCAAUGAAUGGUUUCCGCGCCAUUGCCAACAGUUAUGUUUGGGUGGCCAUCCUCAGCUUGGUCAUCGCCAUGCUCAUGUACAUCCCUUGGCGCUUGAUGAGGGAUAACUAUGACGUCGCCUACUUGGAACGAGGAGCCACGCAGCAAGCCUCUGUUUAG